AUGAGAUGCGUGUUCAUCAAGGGACUUCCCUCAACUUCUUAUGAAACUCCAUUUCCGCCUUUCUAUAUUCACAAACGUCGAAAUCACGGGUUGAAUAUCUACAUCUCAAAACAGUCGGCUGAAGUCACGACUUCAGUUGAGCUGCCUCGCUCUUUGGCUGUGUGGUUGAUGGGAGAUCCCAAGCAUCCAGAUGCAAAGCAAGCCGAUCCAAAACUCAUGUACCGCGUAGGAACUAUACUCAGGGUUAGAUAUCACAAACUUUCUGCUAUCAAGGGUAUCCUCGAUGGAGAAGGUUUUGUUGAUGUUGAUAAACUGCAAUGUUCUAUUUAUCAUCCCCAGAGCCAGAAGCAAAAGUCACCUCGCUUGUUCUCCGCUCAACCGCCCUCGCUCGUGUCCAGUCGUUCGACUCUAGAUUCCAACCGCACUUCGACACCAGCGCAAGUCUACGACUUGUCUGAGCGAGUAUGGUCGUUGAGCUUCCAGGAGAACGAGGAUAGAAGCACCACUGAGGAUUCAGGCUGGGUAAAAUAUUUUUAG